AUGGCUGAACUUUUGCUCGGUCAACCGAUCUUCCCUGGUGACUCAGGUGUUGAUCAACUUGUAGAAAUUAUAAAGGUACUCGGUACGCCAACAAAGGAGCAAAUUCAAAGCAUGAACCCCAAUUACAAGGAGUUCAAGUUUCCGCAAAUCAAAGCUCAUCCAUGGGCAAAG